CGCUAUAAUUGUCAAGGCCAUAUGCGUUUUUAUUGUUGUACUUCGUCUUGUCUUUAUAAUUGUCGCUUCGAUUUUAUAUACCAGGAUGCCGGCUGAUUCAGUGAUCCCCGACAUUCCAGGAGUACCUGUGGAUCCUAGGAUGGAGAACAUGCUUCGUGAAAGCAUCUGCCAAGUUGUCGGAGUCCAUGGCACUAGAUUCAUUGGCGCUCAACCCGUCAGUUUUACUCGCAAUGCCUUACAGGAACUUCAUGUAGAAAACUAUUUUGUUGCAGAAAAAUCAGAUGGUGUUCGCGUUCUAUUAUACUGCCUGCGACACGAAAACGGUCAGCAGCAAGUGUUUUUGGUGGAUCGCAAGAACAAAUUCAAAUAUGUUCCGCAAUUGCGGUUCCCGGUGGCCAACGAGCGUAAUGUUUUUCAUCACCAAACCAUUGUCGAUGGUGAGUUGGUUAUGGAUCGAGAACCUGAUGGUCGAUUAGUGAUGCGAUAUCUGGCUUUCGAUCUUUUGGCAUACAACGGCAUUAACGUUAUUUCGAAGCCACUCACGAGUCGUUUUGGCAGGUUGCAAACCGAGUUUGUUAAUCCUUAUAAUGAAAUGCUCAAGGUUGCCAAUCCCGAGUUUAUUAAAUCACAACCAUUCAUAGUAACUAUGAAGGAGAUGACAAAAUCCUAUGGAAUUGAAAUGAUGUUUCGGGAAAUUAUUCCAAAAUUGAAGCAUGGGAACGAUGGGCUUAUUUUCACGUCCUCUGUGGCGCCAUACGUCCUCUCUACAAACACGAAAAUGUUAAAAUGGAAGCCACCAAGCGAGAAUACUGUCGAUUUUAAGCUGGCGCUUCAAGCACCGAUUUUAAAUGGGGUCCCUGAUUAUAAACAGAAACCACAGUUUAUCCUUCUUGAAUGGCAAGGUGGACAGCAAUACACACCCUUUGGACAAAUGGUUGUGGAUGAUGCACUUUGGGAACAAUGGAAAUCGACUUCGACACAGCUGCAGAACAGGGUCGUUGAAGUGACUUAUUCUCCCAAUGACCAAAGCUGGCGAUUUUUCCGCUUCAGGGACGAUAAAGAACACGGUAAUCAUUCCUCAGUUGUGAGGAAAGUGGUUGAAAGUAUCCGAGACGGUGUUGAAGCUGACGAGCUGCUACACGCACAAGGCUCUAUUAAGGCUGCAUGGAAGCAGCGUGAGGCCGCGGAGGAAGAGAAGCGCCGUCAGCAGCGUUAGUAGAAUAAAGCAUAAGAAAAAAAAACAUUUACAGUUGUAUAAAGUAUGGCCAUCGUAUUAGAG